AUGCAAGGCCUCCGGCUGCGCUCCAAGGGGGUCCCCCAAGGGGGCCCCCAUGGGGGCCCCCGUGGGGGCCCCCCUGGGGGGCCCACGAGGGGGCCCCAGGGAGGGCCCCAGGGGGGGCUCCAGCCAGGAUCCGGGCAGCAGCAGCAAGAAGAGGGUUUGGGGUGUAAAGUGCAGCAGCAAGGGAAGGGCUGCCUCGCAGGAGGCCCCAUAAGCAACUGCAGGCCUGCUGCGUCCAAGCGCUGCGCUGCACCCAGCAGCAGCAGCAGCAGCAGCAGCAGAAGAAGAGCAGCAACUCGUCAGUGCCAAGAGGCCUUCCGCCUCUGCUACGUGGAGCUCGUCAGGGCCGCUCGCCGCCAGGCCCGAGCCAUGUGUUCCCGCUCCCUCCCUCGCGCCUGCAGCGCUGCUGCUGCUGCUGCUGCUGCUGAUGCGAAGGCAGCAGCAGCAACAGCAGCAGCAACAGCAGCAGCGGAGGCGCCGGGGGCUUCCCUUUCCCCAGUGGGUUCUGAAGGAGGUCCGACUACAGGCCCCUCUCCCAGCGCAGCUGCCCCUGCAGACCCUGCUGUUGCUGCUGCUGCUGCUGCUGCUGCUGCUGGGCGGCGCACCUGUGCUGCAGCAGCAGCAGCGCGAGAGGUCCUACGGGAGCUGCGCCUCGUGGCCGUCAAGGCCGAGAGGGAAAGCCCCCAAGCCUGGCCCAGAUGGGCGAGGCCUCGCAGGGGCCCCCAAUAG